AUAAACUUUAUGUCUGAUUUAUAAUCUUACAUACUUUUUGAUCUUCUUCUUUCUUUUUCAGAUCCAAGGCAUAAAAGGAUGAUCACUCUCAUUACUUCACUCUGCUAAACCUCCUUCAACCAAACAAAAAAUUUCAUUCCCAUUUCUAUUCUCAUCCCCAUUCCCAUUCCCAUUCCCAAAAACAUGCUCCUAACAUUAUCAAACUUCACCAUUUACCUGUUCCUCCUAAUUUCCCUUACCUUUGAACCCAUCAAAGGGAAUGAAAUCAAUCAUCUUUUAUCCUUCAAAAGUCUAAUAAAAGACCCAACUCAUUCCCUUUUCAAUUGGAAUCAUUCCAUUACACUUUGCGAUUGGAAUGGAAUUACAUGUACACCCAAUAAAACCCAUGUCCAAAAAAUCAAUCUUUCAAGUAAAAACCUCUCAGGUAAAAUUUCCCCUUCACUAUUUCACCUUUCUAAUGUUAUUUCCAUUGAUCUUUCAAUGAAUCAAUUUCAUGGAAAAAUCCCAAAUAAUAUUUUUUCUACCAUGUCACUAAAUAGUUUAAAUUUGAGCAAUAAUAAUCUCACUAGUCAUAUACCUAGUCCCAUGCAAUAUGGGACUAUGCUCAAAAAUUUAGACUUAUCCAAUAAUUUGAUAUUUGGGAACAUUCCCAAAAAUCUAGGAAUACUAAGUAAUUUAAGGUAUCUUGAUCUUGGAGGGAAUGUUCUUACAGGUAAGAUCCCGAGUUCGAUUUCCAAUAUGACCUAUUUAGAGUAUUUAACAUUGGCUUCUAACCAACUUUUAGGUGAAAUUCCAAAUGAGUUGGGAAAAUUAAAAAAUUUGAAAUGGGUUUAUUUGGGUUACAACAAUUUUUCAGGAACAAUCCCAAAUGAUUUGGGUAUGUUAAAAUCUCUUUAUCAUCUUGAUCUUGUUUAUAACAAAUUAAAGGGUAAAAUUCCCUUUUCUUUUGGUAAUCUUACAAAUCUUGAAUAUCUUUUUCUUUACCAAAAUAAAUUAAGUGGUAAAAUUCCUUCCUCUAUUUAUUCACUAAAAAAUCUAGUUUCCCUAGAUUUAAGUGAUAAUUUUUUUUCAGGAGAAAUUUCUGAAAAUAUUUCCCAUCUUAAAAAAUUACAAGUUCUUCAUUUAUUUACCAAUAAUUUAACAGGAAAAAUCCCAAAGUCUAUUUCUUUAUUGAAAAAUCUUCAAGUUCUUCAAUUAUGGUCUAAUAAAUUUCAUGGGGAAAUACCUAAAAUUCUUGGGAAAUCCAAUAACCUUACAAUUUUAGACCUUUCUACCAAUUCCCUUUCUGGGGAAAUCCCUGAUUCCCUUUGUAAUUCAGGAAAUCUUUUUAAGCUUAUUCUGUUUUCCAAUUCCCUUUCUGGGAGUAUCCCAUCUAGUUUGGGAUCAUGCCAUUCUUUAAAAAGAAUUAGGCUUGAAAAUAAUUCCCUUUCUGGUGGGUUACCCAAGGGUUUUAGCAAGCUUCAAAAUGUUUAUUUUCUUGAUAUUUCAAGGAAUGAUCUUUCAGGGAAUAUUAAUCAAGGGAAAUGGGAUAUGCCAAUGUUACAAAUGCUAAAUUUGGCUAAAAAUAAGUUUGUGGGUGGGUUGCCUGAUUUGGCAAGUAGUAAUAAGCUUGAGAAUUUGGAUUUAUCUGAAAAUAGAUUUAAUGGUACUAUUCUUCCUAGUUAUGGUUUGUUGGAUGAGUUGAUGUUGUUGAGCCUUGCUAGGAAUCGGAUUAUAGGAUCAAUUCCUAAGGAGUUAGCCUCAUGCAAGAAAUUGGUAACCCUUGAUCUUAGCCAUAAUGGGCUUUCUGGUCCAAUCCCUCGAGGAUUGGGUCAGAUGCCCGUUUUAGGUCAGUUGGACUUAUCGGAAAAUCAACUCUCUGGUGAGAUUCCCGAGAGUUUGGGGACAACAAAUUCAUUGAUCGAGGUCAAUGUAUCCCACAACCACCUAAGUGGAGUGUUGCCCUCCGCAGGGGCAUUCCUUGCCAUCAAUUUGAGUGCAGUGACAGGGAAUGACCUUUGCGGUGGGCCCCACUCUAUAAUCGGAUUGCCACCAUGUCAAAGGGAUAAGAGUCCUACCACAACCGUGUGGUGGGGCCUGGCUAUAUCCCUAGGUGUACUCAUGUUGGUAGUGGUUAUCAUUUUGUGUGUAUUUAUUACCAUCAAGAGGAGGAGACAAAGACUAUUGUUAGUCCAAAGAAUGGAGAUUAAAGAUAGCAUUUGGGAAGUUCAAUUCUUUGAUCAAAAGGCAUCCAAACUUGUACCUAUUCAAGACAUAAUUAACAUGAAAAAUGAUAAUACCAUGCAAUUUGAAGUGGAAGAAUUGAAUGUUAAUAAACAUUACAUAAUCUCAUGUGAUAAUUUGUGGGAUAAAAUUGCACAAUUUGGUAAAAUCAAGCAUCCAAACAUUGUAAGGCUUCUUGGGGCAUGCAAGUAUGAUAAAGGAGGGCUUUUGAUAUAUGACAAAGUACAAGGGAAGUCUUUGAAUGAAGUUGUAAAUGGUUUAAGUUGGGAACAUAGAAGAAGAAUUGCUUUAGGGAUUGCUAGAGCAUUGAAGUUCCUCCAUUAUCAUUGUUCGCCAAGCGUCUUGGUUGGCGAAAUGUCACCGGAGAGAGUUUUCGUCGGAGAAGGCGGUAAGGUUUGCCUGAGAUUGAGUCUUGGUGGGGUGUUUUGCUUAGGACCUAAAAGUUUCAUGUCUUCGGCAUAUGUUGCUCCAGAAGCAAAAGAGACCAAAGAGAUCACUGACAAGAAUGAUAUCUAUGGAUAUGGUCUAGUUCUUAUUGAACUUCUGACCGGAAAAGGGCCCACAGACACCGAGCUGGGGGCCCACCAUGAGAUCAUCGAGUGGGCUAGAUACUGUUAUUCGGACUGUCAUUUUGACACGUGGAUCGAUUCCGGGAUCCAAGAGCAAUGGUUAAAUAAACCAAAUGAGAUUGUGGAGACUAUGAAUUUGGCCCUUCAAUGCACUGCUAAUGACCCAAGUGCUAGGCCUUGUUCAAGUGAUGUGGUUCAAAGUUUAGAGUCUAUUUUGAAGACUAGAAGGUGUGUUUUAGGGUUGGAAAUCUCAAAAUGAAUUUUUUUUUUUUUUUUUUUUUUUUUUUUGGUUUUUUGGAAAAUUUUUGGCCUCAUCAAUUUAAGGUGUUGUUGAGCUUUUAUUUUAAAUUUAGUCAAGGUUUAUUAUUUACCUUAGUGUUUAGUUUAGGUGAAUAUAAUAUGGUGGUCAGUGUAUAGUGAUUAAAUUGUAUUUUACCACAUGCAUAGUUAAUGAAUGUUUUUUAAGAAUUAUUUUCUUAAAAAA